AUGGGAGCCAUCGACGGCCGAGGUGCGCCGAAAAGCUUCGAGUCCUUUAUGGCGCUCUUCGCCGGCCAGCGCGGGGCGGACGUGCGGGGAGAUUCCGACCCGCAGCUGCAGAUCCUCAACAAACUGAACGAGGAGUUCCCGGGAAGGGUGGAUGCCGUGUCAUACGAUGCUUGGUCCGUCUGGGACUAUUUGGAGGAGGUGGGCAGUAGCCUUUCCGCCUUCUUCAUCUGCAACGCCACUCUCCGGCUGACUGGCGAGCCAUGGCGUCGGUGCACGGAAUCUGUUCCGAGUCCGAAGACGGUCAACAAAUCCCCACUUCAUGCAGCCAUCGAUGUGGUGCGGCUGGCACGGACAUACUACACAGCCAGGCGCGCAGCCCUGAACGCAACGGCUCCCUGCCAGCCUUGGCCAGUGGUGGACCUGCGGAAACGCGGAGUUCAGUCGAACCCAGCAGGGGUCUUGAUUGCUUACAACAAUCCAGCGGUGGCCGAACUUGCAAAGCAGCUCCCCCAAAAGUGCGAAAUUCUGGAUGGUCUGUUUGAGAGCGAGACGCAGACAUGGUUUGCUCGAACAGGAGCAGAAAGGCCGCGAUCUGGUUCCAAGCCUAUUUGCACUGUAGACGUCACUGCGAUGACGCCGGAGCACUGGCAACUGCUGGGCGGAUUGGUGCCAAAGUGCUACCAGUAG